AUGACGUCCAUCAUCCAGAGCCCCCUCUUCACUCAGCGCGUGGUGCAGGCGAUGCGGUCCCUAUAUCCCGAGGAGCUGGCAGACAGGGCCUGGGACAACGUGGGCCUGCUUCAGGAGAACAUUGACUAUUCACAGUCACCGUCCUCCGCGGCACGCGACGUGUCGCCCAUCGUGCUUCUGACCAACGACCUCACGGUCCGCGUGGCUGAAGAAGCCAUCCGGAAGCGUGCUUCGGUCAUCGUCAGCUACCACCCCUUCAUCUUCCGUGGGCUCAAGUCCAUCUCGCUCGGCGACCCACAGCAGCGUAUCAUGCUUCAGCUCGCCCAGCAUAACAUUGCCGUGUACUGCCCGCACACCGCCGUCGACGCCGCGCCCGGUGGCAUGAAUGACUGGCUAGCCGACAUGCUGGACGGCCACGGGGUAACGACAAAGCGGUCCGUGGUGCAGCCCACAGCUGUGCCGGUGCCUCCGGGGUUUGGGGGUGCCGGAUUCGGGCGGCUCGUUGAGUUUGGCCACGUCGUCAACCUCGGACGGAUUGUUGAGGCAUACGCCGAGGGCCUGGGCGGCCUGCGGUACGUGAUGGUGGCGCGGCCAAAGCAGUCCAUGCCCCACCUCAUCCGGUCCGUGGCUAUCUGUGCCGGCUCCGGUUACGACGUGCUCAAGGACUGCACUACCGCCGACCUCAUCGUGACGGGCGAGAUGACGCAUCAUAAUGCCCUGCGGUUGACCAUGCUCGGUCGCUGCGUCCUCACCGUCUUCCACAGUAACUCGGAGCGCCGCUUCCUCAAGAAGCGCCUCCAGCCGCAGUUGCAUGGCAUCCUAGCGAGUGAGGACGCUGAGACCGAGGUGCUGGUCAGCGAGGAGGACGAGGACCCGUUUGAGAUCUGGGACGUCAAGAACAUGCCACUACUGGCCUACGACAAAAAGUGA